UGUAGGGUUUAAGAUUGUCUGGUUAAAUUGGUUUUCCAUAUUCCUAGCUAAAACCCAGAGAGAGAUGGAAAGCAGUAGCAAGGACCUUCUACAACUAGAGCACAAAAAACUCUCCUUUUCAUCUUUAGAAUCCACACUAAAUGUUUGUAAAAAUGACUCACUGAAAUCUCAGAGAGAGAAAACCAAGCCUGGUGGAAUUGGAAGUCCCAUCACUGCUCCGGUUCCUCAGAGCCAAGUUUUGGGCAAAGUAAAAGACUUUUUGGGAGUCAUAUUAGAAGCUAAUGCAAGGCUGCAGCUUGAUGCAAAGGACAAUUCUGAAAAGUUUGAUAUCGAAGCGCUUACUGGAAAUGAAUCUCAAGUCAUUGAAAUGGACUUGAUGCUGGGCAUUGCUGAUCUUCACACACCCGAGGCUGUGGCUGCUGCUGAAUCUGCGAUUGCUGGUUAUCAGCCAGUGAUUCCGUUGGCAAUUAGCAGCAGCGACGCGGAAUCAGAAGAUAGCAGUGAUGAGGAUGACGACCACGAUGGCAACGGUUGUGAUGAACAUGAUGCUAGAAACAAGCAUGAUGGGAAAACAUCUUCCAUGGAGCUCGAAAGAUCUCAGCUCGCCAAAGACAAUGCUUCUACUGUGGUUGGAAAGGGCAAGUCAAAACGACGGCCAAAGAUUGUUGAUAUGGAUGUUUGCCAAUGAGUAAUUGCAGGAUAUGUGGACUGUUAGCUUGUUGUAACACUCUCAACAAGUGAAAGUACUUCAACAAGGAGGGAGUGUUUUGAUGAUGUUGGAAA